CGGCCUCUCCCCGCAGAGCCCCAGCGCACCGCCGGCUCCCCGAUGCCAGGAGUUAUGCUGAAGAGGAGAGGGUUGUUGUGGCUUGCUGUCUCGAUAACCCUGUGGCUUUCCUCAAAUGCUCAGGAUGGUGACAAGGAAGAGGAGACUACCUUUGAUUUACUUCAAGUCAGUAACAUAAACCGAAAGACAAUCGGAGCAAAGGUGUUCCGGGGCCCAGACCCCGCCACGCCAGCAUAUCGUUUCAUUCGGUUUGACUAUAUACCUCCAUGUAAACCGGAGAAACUAAAAAAGAUCAUAAAACUAAUACGGCAGAAUGAGGGCUUUAUCCUUUCAGCCACCCUGAGGCAGGACAGGCAAUCUAGAGGCACUGUCCUUGCUUUAGAGGGUCCCGGCAUCAGUGAGAGGCAGUUUGAGAUCAUUUCCAAUGGCCGGGCCAACACCCUGGACCUCAUCUAUUGGGUGGAUGGCUUCCAGAACGUGAUUUCCCUGGAAGACGUGGACCUUGCUGACUCACAGUGGAAGAACCUCACCGUGCAGAUAACAGGGGAGAACUACAACCUCUAUGUCGGCUGUGACCUUAUUGACAGCUUCAUCCUGGAGGAGCCUUUCUAUGAGCAGCUGAAAGCAGAGAGCAGCAGGCUGUACGUGGCGAAAGGGUCCACUCGGGAGAAUCAUUUCAGGGGUCUUUUGCAAAAUAUUCAGUUAAUCUUUGAUACUUCAAUAGAGGAUGUUCUGCGUAAGAAAGGAUGCCAGAGAAGCCAGUCAACUGAAGUGAACACCAUCAACGAGAGCACUGAAAUCCUUCACUUGAGCCCUGCUGUCACAACCGAGUACGUGGGUGAGAAAGCGGAGAAGGCCGAGUUCUGUGACCGCUCCUGUGAAGAGCUGGGAUCGAUGUUCACAGAGCUCACCGGCCUGCGCAUCGUGGUCAACAACUUGGCUGAUAACCUCCAAAAAGUGUCUGAAGAGAACCAAAUUAUGUGGGAACUGAUUGGGCCUAACAAAACGCUGAAGAACCAACCAGUUUGCUGGCAGGAUGGCCGUGUCUUUGCAGAUAAUGAAAGCUGGAUUGUGGAUAGCUGCACCAAGUGCAUUUGCCAGGAUUCCAAAAUUGUGUGCAAUCAAAUCACCUGCCCAGCAGUCUCCUGUGCUGAUCCAGCUUUUGUUGAAGGUGAAUGCUGUCCAGUCUGCUCUCACUCUGAUGACAGUGAGGAGGGCUGGUCACCGUGGUCAGACUGGACAAAGUGCUCAGUUACGUGUGGCUCUGGGACACAGAUGCGGGGAAGGUCAUGUGAUGUCACCAGGAGUGCUUGUACAGGCCCACACAUCCAAACAAGGAUGUGCAGCUUUAAGAAAUGUGACCAUCGCAUACGUCAAGAUGGUGGCUGGAGUCACUGGUCUCCCUGGUCUUCCUGUUCAGUUACCUGUGGAGUGGGAAAUAUCACCCGCAUCCGCCUCUGCAAUUCUCCUAUUCCCCAGAUGGGUGGGAAAAACUGUGUGGGGAAUGGACGUGAAACAGAGAAGUGUGAGAAAGUUCCAUGUCCAGUGAAUGGCCAGUGGGGUCCUUGGUCUCCCUGGUCUGCCUGCACUGUAACCUGUGGAGGAGGAAUUCGUGAGAGGUCUCGCCUCUGUAACAGCCCAGAGCCACAGUAUGGAGGAAAGCCAUGUGUGGGAGAUACCAAGCAACAUGAUAUGUGCAAUAAGAAGGAUUGCCCAAUUGAUGGGUGUUUGUCAAACCCUUGCUUUCCUGGAGCAGAAUGCAACAGUUACCCAGAUGGGUCUUGGUCAUGUGGGGCAUGCCCAGCAGGAUACCUUGGCAAUGGUACCGUCUGUGAGGAUCUUGAUGAGUGUAUAGCUGUGUCAGAUGUUUGCUUUAAAGUGAACCAGGUCCAUCGCUGUGUGAACACAAAUCCAGGUUUCCAUUGCUUGCCAUGUCCUCCACGCUAUAAAGGAAGUCAGCCCUAUGGAGUAGGGCUCGAAGUUGCCAAGACAGAGAAGCAAGUCUGUGAACCUGAGAAUCCGUGCAAGGACAAGACACACAGCUGUCAUAAAUCUGCAGAGUGCAUCUAUCUGGGCCAUUUCAGUGAUCCAAUGUACAAAUGUGAAUGUAGGACAGGCUACGCUGGUGAUGGACGCAUCUGUGGUGAGGAUUCAGAUUUGGAUGGCUGGCCUAAUAAUAACUUGGUCUGUGCUGCUAAUGCAACAUACCACUGUGUGAAGGAUAAUUGCCCCCUUCUGCCUAACUCUGGCCAAGAAGACUUUGAUAAAGAUGGCAAAGGAGAUGCCUGUGAUGAGGAUGAUGACAAUGAUGGUGUUGAAGAUGACAAAGACAAUUGCCCUCUUCUGUUCAACCCUCGCCAGUUUGAUUAUGACAAGGAUGAAGUUGGUGACCGCUGUGACAAUUGCCCCUAUGUGCACAACCCUGCUCAGAUUGACACAGACAACAAUGGGGAGGGUGACUCAUGUGCUGUGGACAUUGAUGGAGAUGACAUUUUUAAUGAACGAGAUAAUUGCCCUUACGUCUACAACACAGAUCAGAGUGAUACAGAUGGUGAUGGAGUUGGUGAUCAGUGUGAUAAUUGUCCAUUGAUGCAUAAUCCAGACCAGACUGAUGCAGAUAAUGACCUUGUUGGUGACCAGUGUGACAAUAAUGAGGACAUAGAUGAAGAUGGCCACCAGAACAACCAGGACAACUGCCCUUACAUCCCCAAUGCUAACCAGGCUGACCACGACCAGGAUGGUAAAGGAGAUGCCUGUGAUCCUGAUGAUGACAAUGAUGGUGUCCCAGAUGACAGGGACAACUGCCGCCUCAGAUACAACCCUGAGCAGGAGGACUCAGAUGGUGAUGGCAGAGGUGAUAUUUGCAAAGAUGACUUUGACAACGACAAUGUUCCAGAUAUUUAUGAUGUAUGCCCUGAAAACAAUGCCAUCAGUGAAACGGAUUUCAGAAAGUUCCAGAUGGUCCCUCUGGACCCCAAGGGAACAGCUCAGAUUGAUCCCAACUGGGUUAUUCGCCACCAAGGCAAGGAAUUGGUGCAGACUGCUAACUCUGAUCCUGGAAUAGCUGUAGGCUAUGAUGAGUUCAGCUCUGUUGACUUCAGCGGGACGUUCUAUGUUAACACAGACCGUGAUGAUGACUAUGCUGGCUUUGUGUUUGGCUACCAGUCCAGCAGUAGGUUUUAUGUUCUGAUGUGGAAGCAGGUCACUCAGACCUACUGGGAGGACAAACCCACCAGGGCUUAUGGCUAUUCUGGUGUGUCACUCAAAGUAGUGAAUUCAACAACUGGUACUGGUGAACACUUACGAAAUGCUCUCUGGCACACAGGAAACACCCCUGGACAGGUGCGUACUUUGUGGCAUGAUCCCAAGAACAUUGGCUGGAAAGAUUAUACUGCUUACAGGUGGCAUUUGAUUCAUAGGCCUAAAACAGGAUUAAUAAAAGUUCUGGUUUAUGAAGGGAAACAAGUCAUGGUGGAUUCUGGACCGAUCUAUGAUACAACUUUUGCCGGUGGACGAUUAGGUCUUUUUGUCUUCUCUCAAGAGAUGGUCUACUUCUCUGACCUCAAAUAUGAAUGCAGAGAUGCUUGAGCAAUGGUUGCUGCAUUACCAGCAAAGUACUGUAGAUGCUAUGCAACCCAGACACCUCAGUACACCCUGGUACUCCGAGUUUCUAUUUUUGUGUACCUCCUGCCCUCUCUCCUCAUGCUCCACUCUCCAGGAUCCUCCCAGGUGCUGGAAGUGCUUCAGCCACCCUUCCACCCAAGUGCCUUCUCACCACCAGGACUAAUGAAACCUAAACGUGAACGUCGGACCCACCACUGAAGCAAAAGCAGAUUGAUACAUUAGAACACUUUUGUAGAGUGAAAACUUAGCAAAACUUGUUUGUUUGUUUACUUGUCUUUUUUUAAAGAAUGACGUUUACAUAUAAAAAUGUAAUUACUUAAUGUAUUUAUAUAUAUGGAGAAAAAGAGGGGGAAUGAUGAUUAUCAGUCAUUAUGUUUAAGUGAGGAAAAAUGUGUCUUAAAUUUUUGGGUGUAUGGUUGACACUUCCUUGCUCUGGUCAAGACUGGACUUCUGUAACACAGAGCUUCUGGGUCUAAUUUUGGCAAAGUAAUGGAGGGCCACAUCAACAGUGAAAAUUACUUUGGCUAUUAAAAAUCAAUGAUAAACAUUUCUUCAUUCAAAAAGGUGUUUGGUUGAUAAGGACGCUCUUAGUAACACACUUUAUUAAUGGUAGAACUGUCAAAUUUGCAACCUAACGGAUUCUUUGGUAGGGGCUUUAUUUAGGCCAAAAAGAAUUGGACUAGAAACUCUCAUGUGAAAGGGAAGAAUGAUUAAUUUAAACAUCUGAAGCUAUCGCUAUUGUCUGACUUUCAAAAAAUUAUUUCCAGUUGCCCUGUUUUCAUCAUAUUCUGCAUUGCCUUGUAAUAAAGAAUAUACCGUGACCA